CAUGCAGGUGCAGCUCUCCUUGUGUCAAUACUGGUUGCCUUGUAUUAUAUAUAUGGCUAUUAUAGAAACAAAGGGGAAGAUCAAGAAAGAGUUAAAACUUUUUUGAAGGAUUACGAGGCAUUAAACCCGACAAGAUUCUCUUAUGCUGAUAUCAAGAGAAUCACAAAGCAGUUUAAGGACAAAUUAGGUGAAGGAGCUCAUGGAGCCGUCUACAAAGGUAAAUUGUCCAAUCAAAUUCUCGUUGCCGUGAAGAUCCUCAACAGCACAGACGAUGAUGGAAAAGAGUUCAUAAAUGAAGUGGGAACUAUGGCCAAAAUCCACCAUGUCAAUGUGGUCCGCUUGCUUGGCUACUGCGCCGACGGAUCUCACCGCGCUUUAGUUUAUCACUUCUUCCCCAAUGGUAAUCUCCAGACCUUCAUUGCUCCCUCCAGCAACAACGAAACCUUUCUCGGAUGGAACAAGAUGCAUCAGAUUGCUAUCGGCAUAGCCAAAGGGAUUGAAUAUCUUCAUCAAGGCUGUGAUCAAAGAAUUCUGCAUUUUGAUAUUAAUCCUUACAAUGUCUUGUUAGAUCAAAGUUUCACUCCUAAAAUUUCAGAUUUCGGUUUGGCUAAGUUAUGCUCCAAGAAUCGAAGUACUGUAUCCAUGACUGCAGCAAGGGGAACCUUAGGGUACAUGGCGCCUGAAGUUUUCUCCAGAAACUUCGGGAAUGUAUCUUAUAAAUCCGAUAUCUACAGUUAUGGGAUGCUAUUGCUUGAGAUGGUUGGAGGGAGAAAGAAUACAAACAUGAGUCAGGAAACAUUUCAAGUUCUGUAUCCGAAUUGGAUACACAAUUUGCUUGAAGGAGAUGACACAUAUAUUCCUAUCGAUGACGAUGGAGAUUUUAAAAUUGCAAAGAAACUGGCAAUAGUGGGACUAUGGUGCAUCCAGUGGCACCCGGUUCACCGUCCCUCCAUGAAAAGUGUAGUUCAAAUGCUUGAAGCAGAGGAAGACAAUUUGAAAGUGCCGCCGAAUCCUUUUGAAUCUGCAGCUGCAAGUAGUUCAAGUGCAAUUAUUCCAGUGAGAUUCUUAAAUGUGGAAUUGGAAGUAAUUCCAGAAACUGACUAG